AUGAAUAACUCAAGCAACCAAGCGAGCUACCUGCUCUUUGAUAUCACCUACGGAAAUUGUCAAAAUGAAACCCUGCCAAUGAACCCUUACAAGGCCAUCUACGAUGUUUACACAUACAUCACCCUGAUCCUCUCUCCCCUUAACGUCAUUCUAAAUGGAUUCUCUCUGAGGAUUUUUACGCAUCGAGUUUGGCGGAACAGCACAAUGAGUUGCAUUCUCAAGAGCUUGUCCAUUUUCGAAACCUGCUUCGGGCUCUGUCUGUUAUUGCAUACUCUAUCGCACGGCCUGCUUGAAAGCUACGUUUCGGGCUACGGCGGCAAGGAAUGGCUGGAGACCGUUUUCAGCAUUUCCACACAACGACGGGUUGGCGUUUUGUUACUGGCCUUUCAUCCCCUCCUCAGUGGUACCCUAUUUGCUUUCCAAAUUGCCCGCAACUGGUCUGUCGUGCUGCUGGCAGCCUACCGUUACGAUUCUGUUUGUCGCAGCAUUGGUCGCGUGUCCGCCUUUUCCCGAGUCUCCAUCCGCGUUAUAAUGAGCAGUGUUCUGGUGGCGGCCUUCCUGAUUGCUCUGCCCCGAGUCUUUGAAACACGCACCUUCUUCUGUUACCCGAACGCUCAAAUCUACCAUGAGGACUACCUUCUGGCGGCCAGUCCAGUGUAUCAGAUGGUCUUUAUCGGUAUAAUCACAUUCGUUGUGCAGUCCGGUGGUCCGGUAAUUUGCGUCUGCGUGUUGAGUUUUUUUGUGGUACGACAGAUUUCACUGCGACGUCAAUACCGUCGACAAAACCAGUCAGCACUGUACAGACAGGUUUCCCUCACUCUGAAGAAAACCUCGGAUGAAGCGAAAGCGAGUCGUUGUAUGCCGGCAAGGCCGGUGGAACGAUCCCAGCCCUCCGGCGAUAAACUCAUUCUUGCCCUCUGUUUUACCUUCUUUGUACUGGAGACGCCGGCUUUUUUCUCGAAGAUUCUCAAUGCCUAUUUAAAACAAAACUUCCCUCUGCAUGAUGUCUACCUCUCCGUCAUUGCAAAUCUGCUCAUCUACCUGGACUCCACCUUCAACGUCUUCGUCUACAUGGCCUCGAAUCCGACCUUCCGUCAGGUGACACGCCAGGUAAUUGGCGGAAAUCGUGUCUGUUCCCUUCUCAACCUAAAGUCGAUGCCAGCCAAAAUAACGAGUACAGCUUCUAAUACCAGGAACUCUCUAGAGGUCAGCCGCCCCGACCCGCGAGCCAGGAAUAAUCCGACCGAACUCACAACGGUAGACUCUGUUCUGCACUUACCAGCUGAUGUCAGCACCAAAUAA